GUCCCGCCCGCGUCACCAGCCCGUGUCGUAUUUUCUUCCCGCCCUCCUCCUUCCCUCAUCCCUUUGGCCUCCGUCCACAGCGCUCUCUGGCCGCCCACCGGCAAACUGACCCCAACGUGUCGCUGCCCUGCGACGCAAUUGUCAAUCGUUCAUCGUGACCAAUCCGCCCUCGGAUCACCAUCGUUCUUUGUUCUAUUUUAUUCACCCUUGCAUUUCGUGUCUUUCUUGUCUCUCUUGUUUUGUUUCCUGCAUUAUCCUUUCAUCUCUCGCGAUCGUCGACUCGGAAAUAUGAUCAGCACUCUUUAGCAACCUCCACGCCCUAGCGAACGUUACGCGACCCUAGAUACUACCCGGUUUCCUGCCCUGCUGCAAGGCAUAGUUUCUAUACUGUUAUAGCCGGCCACACACCCGCCGACCGAUACUCCAAGCAAAGGAUGGAUCUCUAGCACAUACCCUCAUAUUCGACGUCCUUGGAUUGGAUAUGAUAUCAAAGCAUCGAUAGAGACAUCUGCAACCCUUCUUCGAUUGCUAUCCUGGCUCUCGUUCAAUAUUUACUAUAGCCCGAACAGCGCAGUUAUCUCGACGACCAGUACGAACCUUGGCAAACAUCUCAACAGCGACGUGUGGGAGGAGAAGGAAGCGGGGCCGGAGCAGGGUGCCACCGGCUGUUGGGACCGUCUCGCCCGUCGCGCAGAACAGACAAAAUGCCGUUAGUCAAUGUGGCUAUGGAGAAGAGUUUGCGGGAGGGGGCCGUGGAUCUGCUGGCCGCCUCCAUACGUCCGCUGCUCGACCGCAGGGCUGGCACCAUCACCGAGUCUGUUUCGGAUGUGAGGACGGCAUUCUCCAGCUGGGACAACUGCAUGAAGUUCACAUAUUGCAAAUGGCCCGUGAUUGCCCUCCUAAUUGUUGGAGGUCUAAUCAUAUUCUCCGUUGUGUGGUGCUUGAUACGAUGCCUAUGCUGUGGCCUUUCGUGCUGCUGCCAGUGCUUCUCUUGUCUCAAGUGCUGUGGCAACUGCUGCGGCUGCUGCGACCCCCCAAAAGGCACUCCCCACAAAUACCUCGACGACCAACACCAUUCACCAAACCAGGGCUAUCGGGCCCAAGAGCCCAUGUAUGCAGGCCCUGUCAACAACGGCCCCAAGCCGCCAGCACCAUUCGCCGUCAACGAGCCGCCAAAGUAUGCCGAAUUCGACGUCAGCAAGAAGAGCGGUAACGACGACGCCCUUCCAGCGAUGCCAAGCUGGGAGGGCUCCGCAAACCAGAAGGUCGCUCUGGAGGAGACGGUCGAGUUGGAUGAUCUCAAGAAGAAGCCGGAGGGUGCUAUGGCCAACCCCUCGGGUCAAAACGUGGCAUUUAUGGCGGCCUCGGCCCGGGGUCCCACGACGCCUGGAAACUACGGUGGCGCACCUUAUGGUGUUCCUGGUGCGGUUGCGUCAGCAUCGCCUUACCAGACAGGCAGGUCUGGCGUCUCGGACCCGUACGCCGGCAAUGCCACAGGCUAUAACAACAUGGACAUGAACGGUGGCGCUUACGCUCAGCAAGAUCAAGUAUACCACGGGUAUGGUGCUGGGGGCAUGGCCAUGGGCCAAGGUCGGGGACUCUCCGGAAAUCCCGCCGGUGGAGCCUAUGGCCAAGGCAGAGGAUAUCCUGGUCCUCAGAAUCCCCAGGGCAGUUACGACAACUACGGACGCGGGGACACUCAGGGUUACGGGGCCGAGCCCGGAUAUGGUCAGAAUCCAGCGUCACCAUACGAGGACCAGAACGCCGUAGCUGCGCCGUAUGUCGGCCGCAGCCCCACGCGAUCCCCUGCGCCUCACCAGCAAGGUGGCUACGGAUACGGCGACGCUCCCAGGAGAUCCCCUGCGCCCCAAGGAGAUUAUGGCUAUGGUGACGGCCCAAGGAGGUCCCCAGCACCUCAGGCGGACUACGGCUAUGGCGACCGACCGGUGAGAACUGCCUCACCUCAGGUGGACCACUGUUUUGUCGACGGGCCAGGGAGGACCGCCUCGCCCCAGCAAGACUACGGCUAUGGGGCCGGUGCCCAGGGCUACGGCGCGCGGUCACGCACACCGCAGGCUCAACGCAAGUACUCUAGCGACUCCACCCGCCCGCUGAACCCGCAGCGACAGUACUCCAACAACGGGCCGUCGCAGGCUCCGAUGUCGCCUCUCCACAAUAAUGCAGCCGGUUACGGGCAAGAACAAAGGCACGACGACGGCUAUGGGGGUCGACCCCAAGGCCCCUCGCGGCAGAACACCGGAGGAGACGGAUACCCGGGCUACCAGGCGUACCAGCCGACCGGUGGUAAUUCGCGUAACCAGCAAGGAUGGAAUGGGGUAUAGGGUACCUACCUAGCCCUCUGGCCUUCCGCAUGCACAUUUUCCGAGGCCAUGCAAGUCUCGAAUUCAGAUACCCUAUAUACCCCAUAUAUCCAGACUCACGUACGAUUUCUAACCCACCGCUACAUGCAUUCUCAUCGGCGGUGGGGCCGAGAUGGCGGCACAAGAUAUACCGUCAUCUCUCGCAUAUUACCAUUACCUCGAACACAACGGUCUAGCGACGCCCUUUCCUUUGUUUGUAUAUACUCUUGUGUUGCGACCAGGUGUCGGGGAUCUCUGUUCUUAUUAUUGUAUUUUACCUCGCUUUCCGAUAUGCAUUGCAAACAACGGGCUUGUUUUCACGGGCGGUAGUGUGAAAAAGAAAAGUAGAAAAAAAAGGGAACCAGCUAGUUGCACGCAAUGGACGAUACCUGUGGCGAUGGUUUCUGCUUCCUCGCUGCUGUGAUCUCUGGUUCAAGCCACUUGGAUGGCCGGCGGGAUUCCGCCAACCGUCGAGAGUCAAUAUCAUCCUCCGUCAUAUAUCUCUUGCGUGGCAAUAAGCAGGUUCGACUUGGCUCACCCUAAAAUGGGCGAUUGUUCCCUGUCAAUCUGCGAGUGCCUGCUUGGACUAUUCACACUGAACGCCUUGUGCGGCUUGCUGAGGUAGGACCGUCUUAUCAAAAUUAAACAUCGCGCUUAUCCGCUCCUGUUGAUGUCUUGGCGAGGCUCCAGUUAAACCCACCAGCCCAUCUACUUAUGCACAGUCGAGUCCAAACACGGAGAUUCAAGUACUUCAUAUUUAUUGCCACAAUGCCGAGCAGGUGAAAAUGUCCGCUCUACCGCCCAUGUGUAUCGCCCGUCAAGUACAGAGAAAAAACAUCAGAUUCGACCCAUGUGAUGACACAAACAAACGCUGGGAAUAGCUGUAAGUGUGAAAUGGAAAUAUAACCGAGCAGUCGCUUUGUAAUGAC